AAAGAACGUCCCAAGAUUCCUUGACUAGAACACGGAAGUAGGAUUGGUAACGAGUUAUUUUUUCUGUUCCUUGUGUUGAGUAAAGAAAAUACAUACUGACUCAACAGGCUACCCAUCUCUAAUUUGACAGAAAAUGUCUAAACUACAGAUGUUGUGUGUGUUUUUAAAUGAUCGUUUAUCGGCGGCUGCUGGGGAUAUUUUUGGGGCCGUUGAGAAAACGGUAGGAGAGUACCAGGAGGAGAAUGAUCGGUUACGGAGACUGCUGCGGAGGACACCAGAGAUACAACUAUGUCGAAUAGAACCCGUGCAGCCCUCUGUCUCUGAAGAGGAGGUUCCCUCUGAGCAGCAGCACUGUGAGCAGGAAUGGAGCCCCAGUCUGGGACAGAAGGACCCAGAGACCAAACAGAUUAAAGAGGAACAGGAGGAAGUCAGGACCAGUCAGGAGGAAGAGCAGCUUCAAGGGGUGGAGCCUGAUAUCAUAGAGUUCAUAUUUACUCCUCCUUGUGUGAAAAGUGAAUGUGAUCAGGAGGAACCACGUCAAGAUCCCAUACUUGCUGAACACCCAACUCUCCUGAAAAUGUCUAAACUACAGUCGUUUCAAGAGUUUUUAAAUGAGCGUUUAACGGCGUUUGCUGCUGUGGAGAUUUCUGGGGCAUUUGCGAAAGCAGUAGCAGAGUACCAGGAGGAGAAUGAUCGGCUACGGAGACUGCUGCGGAUCACACCAGAGAUACAAUUAUGUAGAAUAGACUCCCUGCAGCUCUCUGUCUCUGAAGAGGAGGUUCCCCCUGAGCAGCAGCACUGUGAGCAGGAGUGGAGCCCCAGUCUGGGGCAGGAGGACCCAGAGCCCACACAGAUUAAAGAGGAACUCGGGACCAAUCAGGAGGAAGAGCAGCUUCAAGGGCUCUUUGAUACCAAAGACUCCAUAUUCACUCCUUCCUGUGUGAAAAGUGAAUGUGAUCAGGAAGACCCACUUCAGUCCUUGACUCUUCCCCAAACCCAGACUGUGGAGAACAGAAAGAGUCAUUCUAAACCAGUGGAUCCCAAGCCUUUGUCCAAGCACAUGAGGAUUCACACAGGAGAGAAACCAUUUAUCUGUGGUGACUGUGGGAAGAGCUUUAUUCGCAAGGCGCACCUAACCAGGCAUAAACUGACUCACACAGGAGAGAAACCAUUCAGCUGUGGUGACUGUGGGAAAAGCUUCCGUCUCAAAGGGAACCUAACCACUCAUAAACUGACUCACACCAGAGAGAAAUCAUUUAGCUGUGGUGACUGUGGGAAAAGCUUCCGUCUCAAAGGGAACCUAACCACUCAUAAACUGACUCACACAGGAGAGAAACCAUUUAGCUGUGGUGACUGUGGGAAAAGCUUCAAUCGUAAGGUGAGCCUAACUGAACAUAAACUGACUCACACAGGAGAGAAACCAUUUAGUUGUGGUGACUGUGGGAAAAGCUUCAUUCGGAAGGUGCAUCUAACUGAACAUCAACUGACUCACACAGGAGAGAAACCAUUCACCUGUGAUGAAUGUGGGAAAAGAUUUAUUCAGAAGAGGGACCUAAGGAGACAUAUACUGAUUCACACAGGAGAGAAACCAUUUAGUUGUGGUGACUGCGGGAAAAGCUUCAAUCGGAAGGGGCACCUAACCAUGCACAAACUGACUCACACAGGAGAGAAACCAUUCACCUGUGGUGAAUGUGGGAAAAGCUUCAAUCGGAAGGGGCACCUAACCAUGCAUAAACUGACUCACACAGGAGAGAAACCUUUCACCUGUGGUGACUGUGGGAAGAGCUUUAUUCAGAGGAGGGACCUAAGGAGACAUAUACUGAUUCACACAGGAGAGAAAGUAUUUAGCUGUGGCAACUGAGGGAAAAACUUCAAUCAGAAACAACAUAGCUGCUUAGUCUGAUAAUAUAUUAAUUUAGAAGACUAAUCUGCUAACACGUGAAAAACAUCCACAAAGACUGUAAAUGAGGACACAGAAAGGAGACUAAGAGUAUUGAGAUACACCCAAGAUCCCCUGUGGACCAACUCUAACUGGUCCUCCUGAUCCUGCUCAGUCCAAUGUGACAGUAAUUAUAUAAUGGGACUGUUGUCUGAACCUAACAGGUAAUGUUGCUACUCUUUGUGUAUGAAAUGGACAAUCUGCAGUUCAGACAACCACCAGUUUUUAGGUGAACAACUGAGGGAUGGUGUUGGAGAGGUGUGAACACUCAAUGUCGUAGUCCGACAUGGAUACAAGAUGUCCAGAUCAGAUGCAGGUUGCCCAAUAGGCGGCCCAUGGGGGAUUUAUUUGGCCCCCAAGUUUUCUGAGCAAAACAAGAUAAUAUAUAGAAUUUUAUUUUUUUGGUUCGUUGGAUAUUUAUUUUAUUAAGUGCCAGUAGAAGGCACUCUUUCCUCUGGUCUAAAAACAUAUCCCAAUGCCCCAGGGCAGUGAUUGGCACUGCCCUGUGUAGGGUGCCGUCUUUCGGAUGGGACGUUAAACAGAUGUCCUGACUCUCUGAGGUCAUUAAAGAUCCCAUGGCACUUAUUGUAAGAGUAGGGGUGUUAACCCCGGUGUCCUGGCUAAAUUCCCAAUCUGUCCCUCAAACCAUCACGGUCACCUAAUAAUCCCCGGUUUACAAUUGGCUCAUUCAUCCUCCUCCUCUCCCCUGUAACUAUUCCCCAGGUUGUUGCUGCAAAUGAGAACGUGUUCUCAGUCAACUUACCUGGUAAAAUAACGGAUAAAUAAAAUAAAAAAUACAAUUAAUUUCGGGGGAUCUGUUCCCAAGUAUUCCCACGUGUAAAUAGAUUUACAGUACCAGUCAAAAGUUUUAAAACACCUACCUUACAUUGUAGAAUAAUAGUACAUAUGUACAUAGUACAUGGAAUCAUGUAGUAACCAAAAAAGUGUUAAACAAAGCAAAAUAUAUUUUAUAUUUGAGAUUCUUCAAUGUAGCCCCCCUUUGCCUUGAUGACAGCUUUGCACACUUGGCAUUCUCUCAACCAGCUUCGUGAGUUUGUCACCUGGAAUGCAUUUCAAUUAACAGGUGGAUCUUAAGUUAAUUUGUGGAAUUUCUUUCCUUAAUGCAUUUGAGCCAAUCAGUUGUGUUGUGACAAGGUAGGGGUAGUAUACAGAAUAUAUCCCUAUUCGGUAAAAUAUCAUGUCCAUAUUAUGGUAGGAACAGCUUAAAUAAGCAAAGAGACAGUCCAUCAUUACUUUAAGACAUUUGUAAGUCGCUCUGGAUAAGAGCGUCUGCUAAAUGACUUAAAUGUAAAUGUAAGACAUGAAGGUUAGUCAAUCCUACUUUAAAAGUUUCUUCAAGUGAAGUUGCAAAAACCCUCAAGCGCUAUGAUGAAACUGGCUCUCAUGAGGACCACCACUGGAAAGGAAGAUCUAGAGUUAUCUCUGCUGCAGAGGACAUGCUCAUUAGAGUCAACUGCACCUCAAAUUGCAGCCCAAAUAAAUGCUUCAGAGUUCAAGUGACAGACACAUCUCAACUUCAACUCUUCAGAGGAGACCAUGGGAAUCAGGCCUUCAUGGUCGACUUGCUGCGAAGAAACCACUACUAAAGGACACCAAUAAGAAGAAGAGACUUGCUUGGGCCAAGAAACACGAGCAAUGGACAUUAGACCGGUUGGAAUCUGUCCUUUGGUCUGAUGAGUCCAAAUUUGAGAUUUUUGGUUCCAACUGCCGUGUCUUUGUGAGACGCAGAGUAGGUGAACGGAUGAUCUCUGCUUGUGUGGUUCCCACCGUGAAGCAUGGAGGUGUGGGGGUGCUUUGCUGGUGACACUGUCAGGGAUUUAUUUAGAAUUUAAGGCACACUUAACAAGCAUGGCUACCACAGCAUUCUGCAGUGAUACGCCAUCCCAUCUGGUUUCGCUUAGUGGGACUAUAAUUUGUUUUUCGACAGGACAAUGACGCAACACACCUCCAGGCUGUGUAAGGGCUUUUUGACCAAGAAGGAGAGUGAUGGAGUGCUGCAUCAGAUGACCUGGCCUCCACAAUCACCCGACCUCAAUCCAAUUGAGAUGGUUUGGGAUGUGUUGGACCGCAGAGUGAAGGGAAAGCAGCCAACAAGUGCUCAGCAUAUGUGGGAACUCCUUCAAGACGGUUGGAAAAGCAUUCCAUGUGAAGCUGGUUGAGAGAAUGCCAAGAGUGCAAAGCUGUCUUCAAGGCAAAGGGUGUCUACUUUGAAGAAUCUAAAAUAUAUUUUGAUUUGUUUAACACUUUUUUUGGUUACUACAUGAUUCCAAAUGUGAUAAUUCAUAGUUUGAAUGUCUUCACUAUUAUUCUACAAUAUAGAAAAUAGUAAAAUAAAGAAAAACCCUUGAAUGAAUAGGUGUGUCCAAACUUUUGACUGGUACUGUAUAUGUGAUCAUAUCAACUAGCUCUCUCACGUUAGAAUGUUUCUUAAACGUAAAAUUUGGAAGUUGCUGUGUACGUAAAAUAUGGAAGUGUUUAAGGUUAAGUUUAGGUAUUAAUGCUGCAUGGUUAAGGUUAGGUAUUAAUGCUGCAUGGUUAAGGUAAGGGUUAAGGUUUGGGAUAGGCUUAAAAUAUCACAGAAUUCCAACUUGUAACCUUUGGAAUCAGUGGCAGAUGCCUUCUCCCAUCCGCCAUCCCCGUCCACAACCCAAACCUACUUGAAGGUAACAUCGCUCACUGUUGCCUCUAGUGGCCGGUUUCCACAUCAUCCCAACAUGCAUGGCAGUCGAAUGCUGAUUUGUGUCACGGGUAACCUGGCUGGAUCUUAUCCCCAGUGUUAUCAUGGUUUGAAAUGAUUCUUUUUUUUUUUUCCCAAAUACUAUAUCUGUUCGGUAUUCUUGCGGUCAAUUUGUAUAAUUAUGUUCCGUCCCCCGGCUGACAUGCUUGCUGAGCGGCAAGAAGAGUCACCAUUAGGGUUGCAAAGCUACCGGUAAUUUACUGAAGUUACUGGAAUCUACAGUAAUUUUGGUAGUUAACAGAAAAUCUAUGGUAAUCUAUUGUAACUUUUUGGUAAUUUAAAUUUUGCAUUUUGUAUUAAUAUAUAUACUGUUCAUUCAUAUCUGUGUCUAUAUUAUCAUGAGUUUCUAGUAGAUCGACCUUAUGGGUCAAGAGGUAGUAGUCCAAUUAAUAAAAUAAAAUAAAUAAAAAACA